UUGUCCCACUGGUAUCCCGACACAGAAUAUUCUGGAUGCAUUCUAACACAAUCAAACAAAGAGCUGCCAGCCUCGAAAAGUACAACUGCAACAGUUCCGGUAACAACAACGAAAAAAACAAAUUCAACUAAAAACGACCUACCGAAGGAUCCAUUGUACUACGACCAGUUUUUAAAAACUACCACAUCAAAACCAAAAACUACCAUAAUAGAUGCAAAUUCUACCAUUUGGUACGAAUUGUUACCGGAGAAUAUAUCGACGACAGUGUUGCCAGAAGAUGAAUGGGAGAAUAUCGGUCCACAAGAAAACGACACUCAAAUGGAGAAAUUAAAAGACGUGGAAUUGUUAUUUGAUAAUACGAAUAGUAGUUCGCUGAAAAUAAAACGUUCUACGUUUGAAUUAUACGAGAGGUUCCGUAAAAGGAGGUUGUAUUCUGAAUCAAAUCAAAAUGGACAAAGCAGUUCGAACACUGAAACAGUUAAAUUCAUAGUGACUUGUCGUAAUUCGAGGAGAUUUCGUUCAGCUAGAGAGAGGUGGUGGUUCAUCGCUAUAAGUAACUGUGGCAGUGCUAAGGGCUUGGACGUCAGAUAUAAAUUUUUGAUGACUAAUGGUCCGAGUGGGGAUUUUUGGCAUGAACAUUUCUCAGCUGACGAAUUCUAUGUCCUACCAAUACUCCUUGCAUAUACCUUCGCGUACGUCAUAGUGAUGGUCGCCGUAGUGAUGUGCAGCGUUGAACUCAAGACUCGACACUUAUUGCACUCAACGUACAAAUUGUUUUUGAUAUCGAUAGUGGCACAACACUUCGGUGUUAUAUUACAAAGUCUAGCUGGGAUAAGAUAUGCUUAUAAUGGUAUUGGAAAUCCCGCGUCUAAAGUUAUAGGUCAAUUCCUCUGCGGUGUAUCAGAGACUUGCUAUCUUCUGCUUCUAAUUCUUCUGGCUAAAGGAUACACUAUUACUCGCGGUCGGCUAAAGGUCGCAUUUACUGUCAAACUGACAGUAUUCAUGUGUUGCUACGUCAUCACUUACGUUGUCCUGUUUGUGUAUCAGGCUAAGGCUUUCGACCCGGGUGAAGUAUUAUAUUUGUACGAGAGCCCCGCUGGUUACGGACUCAUAGUAUUACGGCUAAGCGCGUGGUGUGCAUUCGCGUACGCAACAUUCUUCACGGUCAGAAAAUUUCCAGAGAAGGUGAAUGGAAAUACUUUGGAUAGAUUUGGACCAACGCCUUACCACCCAAGCGGUGGUACUUCUCAAACUGUUAUAAUACCUCUUACAAGACGCACAGAAGAACUAAUAGGUAACAUGUACAAUCAGUACAUGGCAAGCGCACCGCCAUUGUCAAUUGAAAAUCAACAACCGAAAAUUAACGCGCCAAAAAGUCUAGCGUCAAUAAGAUCCGGAAGUCUCGUCACACAGAACAGUUCAGAAACAAAUAAAUCAGACGACAUACAGCCGGCGAUAAAAGAAAUAUACACAGUUGAUGGACAAAUAAACAAAAUGGACGCCGAAAAUGAAACAAUAUUACCAGAGGAAAAAUUAUCGAAUGAAUUGGUAGAAAAUACUGAAUUACCCAUUGUUAGGUUGAGAAGAAAUAUUUUGGAACCUAUCAAAAAGGAUGUACCUGAUUGGUCGUUAGCUAAGGGACCGUGUGUGGUCGCUAUGCAGUUGAAGAAAAUAAAAACUAUUGAAGACGAAGUAGACUCCGAACUUCCGCCGCUGCAAAUAAAUGGAAAGAAAGUUUUAAGGAAUGGACAAACAAGUGUAACAGAAAUGGGGACCAUACAUGAAGGUAGGGAAAAAACAUACAUACGCUCGCCCGCGGAUAUAUUCACUGUUACGACAAGAAGUUAA